GCUUGUCUGUCAUUUUGGAGUGGAUCUCUCAGGAAAACAACACUUAAGCUCGGGGACUUUCUAAAUUUAUGCAUGAUAAUGGCAAAUUGUUAUUCUUGGGAUUGUCAAACAAAAAGUCGUCAUUAUACUAGACCUUAUGACGUGGUCAGUCCUUCGUCGUCUGUAAUGGAAAAGAAAAAGGCUAUAAAAAGGAAAGAUUUAUCCUAGCAAGCUUAUACAACUUAGAGGACAUAAAUAGGCAAGAUCUCUUCGAGCAAGCCGAUAUAACUUAGUGAGCACAUAAAUACGCAACAUCCAGUGUGUGUUCUUUCCACAGUGCGCAGUUCUUUUCAUGCAGUUGUUGGAAAGCUAGAAACUCAAACACAGCUCACCAUGAGACUUUGGCUUGUCAUUGCUGUCGUGUUGCUGAUUAUUCAGUGUCAGAAAGUGCUAAGCUGUGGUGGCGGAGGUGGUGGAAGUGGCGGUGACGGCGGCUCUGGUGGUGGUGGUGGUGGUGGGACAGGUGGCGGUGGCGGUGGAGGAGGCGGAGGAGAUGGCGGCGCCGGCGGCAGUCGUAGCCUUAUGCCAACAACCCAUGAAGGUGCAGUUCCAAAGACCCAUGAAGUUGUAUUGCCGACAACCCAUGGAGGUGAAAUGCCUAAGGUUUUAGAGAAAACAACCCAUGAAGAAGAUGGCGACGACGAUGACGAUGACAAAUGAUGACUGAACAAUAGUGCCUUCAAUUUAACAAAGAAGCAAUGCAGUCACAAGAAUUGCCGAUAUUACGUUCAAUUUUACAUACAGUGUAAUAAUCGUAGUGGUAGACAUAAAAUACAAUGUAAAACAGCAAGGCAAUAAAAGUUACACGAACAUAAA